UCUAUACACCCCUGUCACUGUGCGCAUCCUUAUAACUCUCGCAUGCACACUGCGACCAAGGCAGUGCGACUGCUUAGCAAGAAAUCGACACAUCUAAAACACUUUUAAAAAGGUUAAAAGUUGCUGUAAAAUAUACAACAGCUGUACCUAAUCAUAACUUCAACAUCGACAACCCGAUACAAUGGAGAGUGUACAGAACGUAGAGCAAUGGCGUGAGGACAAUAAGGAGCUUUUUGUCCCGCCCGUGUGCAAUAAGCUCAUGCACAAGAAGCAGCUCAGCAUCAUGUUUGUGGGCGGCCCUAAUACCCGCACAGACUUCCAUCUGGACGAGAGCAGCGAGUUCUUCUAUCAGGUGAAAGGCAAUAUGGAGCUGCCGACAAUCCAGAAUGGCCAGCGCAAAGUGGUGCGCAUCAACGAGGGCCAAGUGUUUCUGCUGAAGUCGCGCGUGCCCCAUUCACCCCAACGCCCUGAGACUGGGUCGUUUGGGCUGGUGGUUGAGCGAUCCAGGGAGGAUGAUGAGAUGGAUGGCCUGAGAUGGUACACAGACUUUGAAAAAUGCGAUGAGAUCCUCUGGGAACGGUACUUUCACUGCGGCGACUUGGGCCGUGACCUUGUGCCGGUGGUGAACGACUAUACACAGAGCGAGCAGUGUCGGACAGGUAAGCCGAAUGCGGAGAGUAUAGUGAGCAACCCGCCGCUGAAACAAGACUUCACCACAGAACUGCCCGAUCCAUUCAUGCUGUCCGAUUGGUUGGAGGAGCACAAGGCGGAAUUGGCAAAGGGAGCGUCGUUGAACCUCUUCCCCAACCAUCCAGACAAAGAGGGUAACGUACGUGUAGAGGGGGGGCAGGCGGAGUUCACACGCGAGGCUGUGGACUAUGAGACGUGGGUGUACCAGCUCAAGGGAGAGGUCACAGUGGUUCUAGAUGGUCAAGACACCACCAUCCUCGCAGAGGGCGAGUGCGGGGUCAUCCCCAGCGGGAAGCAGCCCACGUACAAACGACCCGAGGGAUCGAUUGGCCUGACUGUCCAGCUCAACCCCAAGGGAAACAAAUAAAGCCACCUCUGUGCACACCCUUAAAACCACUUCUAACCUGAGAUGUUCAGAGACCUUGCAUACGACAUUGUGGGCAAGGACUACAAUCGACCACGCCGUAAUUUCAUGGUGAUAGCUUAAUACACGACGGAAAGCUGACCGGCACAGUUCCAAGCGACCUUUUUCUCAUAGUUACGCAAGAGUGUAGUCGUGCUGUGUACCUUCCGACAAGAAUGACAAGGUUUCUUCGUAUCACUGGACAUCUAUUCAUCUUGCCCCUUGAGAUAUAGACAAAGUCAAUCGAUGUAUUGCCGAUUGGGAGAAUGCACCGUGCUCUUAUGUUUCGCCUCUCAGAACCAUUUAUGUUCAUCUCACGAAUAGCGUGUUAUCCAAUUGCAAGCCAAUGAAUGGUAGAGAAACAGCAUGCAACUGUUUGUGCUUGUGUAACAGGUUAAUAAAAUUAAGAACAUAUACAAAGA